UGGCGGGUCCAGCCUCUGACCCCAGUGCGCAGACUCGUGCUUCUCUCCGGUACAAUGGCGGCAGUCGGAGCGCCGUCCUCCGUGUUUUCUCGGGUUUCUGUCCACGGAGCAGCAGCGGGAGAGUUAAUAAAGCUGUAAGACAGAAACAGCAGCAGUUGGUGAACUCUGGAAAGAAGAGAAACGGUUUGAGGCUCAGCUGGAACUGCUCAGUAACUGUUAAAGGAAAGUUUGGAGAGAGAAAAGCUAGCAGAGAUGUGGAGACAGCAGGUCAAACAGCGACUGGAUGCAGCAGAGGAGCAGAGACACGAAAUACUGGAUGCUGCUUUCAGCCCCGAACAUCGGCUGCACACAUCAGAUGUUCAGCAGGUUCUGCUGGUUAAACAAGAACCGAGUCCUGAUCCGGACCAGAACCACCCAGAACCCGUCCACAUGAAGGAGGAAGAGGAGGAACCCUGGAGCAGCCAGCAGGGGGAGCCGCUCAGCGUGAAGGAGGAGGCUGAUGCCUCCAGGUCUCCAGUCAUUGCUGUUCUCAUAAAGAGUGAAGAUGAUGAAGAGGAACCUCUGAUCGCUCAUCUUCAUCAAACAGAAGAUGGAGAACUGCCAAGCAGCAGCUCAGCUCAGCAGAUGAAAACAGAAGAGGGCUAUGGAGAAACAGAAUGCACCAUAAAUCCGGAUCCAACCCCUCAUGGAGACGCUUCCAGCUCUUCAGAGACAGAGAUCAGUGAUGAUGAUGAUGAUGAGGUGAACCAUUCUGGGUCAGAAGAUGAAGGCAAUGAGAAUGACUGCAAAGGCUUCAGAGAGAAUACAAACAUGGACCAGGAGAGGGAAGUCCAGACAGAUCUGAAAUGUUUUAAAUGUACUGAGUGUGGUCAAAGUUUUACCAAGAAAAAACAUCUCACAGUUCAUAUGAAAGUUCACACUUUGGAGAAACCGUUUGGCUGUGAGGUUUGUGGACAAAGAUUUGAUGAAAAGUCCUAUUUAGACCAACACAUCAUAAUCCACUCAGUAGAAAAAACAUUUGUUUGUAACGUCUGCAGACAAAUGUUCAGCCAAAGAACACAUUUAAGCAGACAUAUGAAAAUCCACAGCGGGGAGAAACCGUUUGGCUGUGAUGUUUGCGGACAAAGUUUUAACAGGAAAUCCCAUUUAAACAGACACCUGAAAAUUCACACAGGGGAGAAACCUUUUGGGUGUGACAUUUGUGGACAAAGAUUUCAUGAAAAGGCCUAUUUAGACAGACACAUCAAAAUCCACUCAGGAGAAAAACCAUUUGCUUGUGAUGUCUGCGGACAAAGAUUUAGUAGAAAGGCACAUUUAGACCGACACAUGGGCAGCCACGCUGAUGAGAAACCUUUUGGUUGUGACGUUUGCAGACAAAGAUUUACCCACAAAUCUGCUUUAAACAGACACAUGAUUAUUCACACAGGAGACAAACCAUUUAGCUGUGAAGUUUGUGGACAAAGAUUUAACCAAAAGUCAGUUUUAAUGACACAUGUAAGGAUCCACACAGGAGACAAACCCUACGCCUGUGAUUUUUGUGGACUAAGAUUUAACCAAAAGUCAAAUUUAAACAGCCACAUCAAAAUCCAUACAGGAUACAGACCGUUCAGUUGUGAUGUUUGUGGACAAAAGUUUAACCGAAAAGGAAAUCUAAACAUGCACAUGAGAACCCAUGCAGCAGGGAAGAAUCUUUAGAUACUCCGACGGUGGAGGAAGAAACCUGGGCAUGUUCUGACUUAGAUCACUUCAAAUUACUCCAGAACCUUUUUACCUUCUUUUUUUUCCACGAAAAAUAUAUUUGGUUUCAGAAACAUUUAAUCACGAGCAGAACAGACAGCAAUCAGUUGAUUUUAUCAGAUUGUUAGGAAAAGUGCUGAUGUAUCUUUCGUCUUCUCGGCAGCAAAGACUCACCUGAAUUUUAAACAGGCUGUCAGCACAUCCCAUUGUAACCAGCAGCGCCCCCUACUGUCUGAAACAAGGAGCCAUGGGUGAUCUGUGGGCUUGUUUUCUGAAGGACAAAACAUCAUUGGUUCUCUUCAAUGAGUCUCAUGAAUUAGACCCAUGAGCUAACACCACUAGCUGGAGCUAACACUAGCAGCUGUAGCUAACACUAGCAGGUGGAGCUAACACCACUAGCUGAGCUGGAGCUAACAUAGUAUUUUAUUGUAUUAUUUUUAUAUCUGAAAUAAGUAUUUUAUUCAGAGAAAGUCUGUUCUAACUAACUGUGGAUCUUUUUAAAGUUUCAGAUAAAAUAAAUGAAUAAAAUUAAUCUGUAAGAUUCUGGCUCAUAAAGAAGAAAAACCUAAUAUUCAGUGUGAGAAGAUUAGAAUAUUGGAAAAAGUUAAAAAUGAUAUUUAUGUAAGGUAAGAACAAAUGAUAAUCAGAACAUCUAGACCCACGGUGCUCAGACGGGUCCAGAACAUGGGCUGAGGAGAACCAGAACCAGACUGCUGCUCAGAGGUCCAAAGUCCUUUAAGUUUUUAUUUCAAAUCAAGGUGGUCCAACAGAGCUCAGCUUUCGUUCUGCCAGAACCUUCAAGUGUGUGAGAACCCGUCUGACCUCCAGACAGGAUCUGAGCUUCGUCUGAUGAGUGUGAGGAAGAUGCCAGCCUGCCUGCAGCUAACAAGGUUUUCUGAUGUCUAAUCAGAAAUAUUAGCUGAUUAGGCUAUCAGCUAAUGUUUCAGCUGACUGUCGUAAAUACUUUAAUAAACAAAACUGAAAAAAUAAAUAAAUCGUCACAUUUAAACUGAAUCAAAUUCAAAGUCCUGAAAUUUGUUGAUUUUUUUUGUGUGUGUUUGGAGCAAAAUAUUCAGUGUUUCUUCUGAUCCUGCUGUGGCACGAGACUCAAGGAAGACUCAACUUCCUGCACAGAUGUGGGAUAGUUUCUGUCACAACCAACAGGAGACUCCAGGUGGACUACAUCCACAUUCCCUGUCCUCUGAGCUGGACGAUCAGAAAAGACGAUGGGGGAGAACAACUGAACGUUCUUGGAGAUUUGAAGUUUCUUUAAUUACUGAAGAGAAAUUGCUUUAAUUUCUGAUCUGUUGAACAUUGCAUUUUUCAGUGUUUUAGUUUUGUCAGUACAUUUAGAUCAG